UGCCUGGAGUCUGCGGAUCUACACACCGGUAUGUGCUGUGUGGAGAGUCACAGCUCAGGAAAGCUCACUGUAAUCACACUGUGUUUUUAAAUCACACACUGAAAGCAGAAGAAGCUGCGGGUUUGGUCUGGUCUGGUUUUCUCCGCACAUUGUGCUGUGAAGCUGCGGGUUGACGGAUGGUCGUCUCGGGGCAGGGACGGCCAGUUCCAAGUGUCCAGCUCCUGCAGAGUGUGGCCGAUGUAGGCGGCUGCUCGGUGUGAUGUGUAAUGGCUCCUGCGUUGAGCGCUCUGUGGGCUUCAGGAUCGGAGAUCAGUGGUGAGCUGGCUGUAUUGAGCACGCUAACGGCAUUCUCGGCCUUCUUGCUGCUCGCUGUGCUGCUGGUACUGUGUGCCGGCUGUCAAGGGCAGAAGAAAGCAGCCCGGCUCCCUGGAGACCAUGAGAACCUGAUGAAUGGGGUGUCGGAGAAGGAAACAUGUAGCCAAACAGCAGAUACAGGCAGCCAUGGCACUGACCUGGUGGCCAGUAGCUCCUUCAAUGGGCCUCUUACAAGCGGUACAGUCCUCACAGACACCGUGGACACGAGCCCACACCCUUCAGAAGAAAUGGUGUCCAUCCAGUCAGAGCAUCGCUCUUCUAAAUGCCCCCAGGACCGCGAGUUACCAAGCAUUCCCUGCGCCAACAGUCUACGGGUAGCAGCCGAAGCCUCUGAGGAGUGCAGAGUCUCUGGGGAUGGCACGUACGAGAUGCUGAAGGACGGAACCUCACAUGAUGUUGUAGAAGAUUCACCCUAUGAGACGGUAAAAGAGUUAAAGGAGGCAUGCCUCACUAACGGCACACUGACCCCUGACGAGCCUCCAACUGCCCAGCCCAACGGGCACCUGAACCCCAGCCCUGGCACGCCUGACCUGUGCCCACUGACCAACGGCGCCGAGUACGCCUCCAUCGACCUGAAGAAGAAGAGCCGCUACAGCGUAGAAGCCGAGGCCCAGCGCUCAGUCGUAGAGCAAACUGAGGAGGAGAAUCCACCACCUAUACCUGAUAAAGUGCUGGAUGAGAAUGAUAACCAAAGCAUCAGUACGCUGCAGAAUGGAGAGUUAUCGGCCCUGUACCACACUGUAGAUAAGCCAAUGAUGGAGGAGGAGAAAGAACACGACUACAGCAGCAUCGGCGAGAUCAGGGGUAUGGUGGUGGAGUCGAGCUCCAGCGAGCUGUAUGCUACGGUGAAAGACGUGUACCCCUCACCCCCUGCCGAGCAGCCUGCGGAGAACACAGACCCCGGCUACGAGACCAUCAAGAUCGCAAAGAGCGUCGAGGACGAGGGCCAGCAAGAUAACGGGCUGGUGGAGCCUGACUACGCGAAUGUUGGAGAGCUGGAGCUGAAUAGUGAGGCGUCCCGUCUCUGACUGAGAGUCUCACAGCACUUCUUCAGCAAAUCAGAGUGAUGUAGUAGUGGCUCAGGCAGACUUAGUUUAGCACUUCUUUAAUCAGAAUAAGCACUCCAGUAAAUGAAAUUAAUAUGGAUCACUUGUGCUUAUGGUGUAAAAGGUUUAGGAAAAAAAAAAACAGUUCAGAUUUGUUGUGGCAUUUAAAUAUAAUGGUGCAUUGCUGCAUCAUACAUUGCCUCUCCAGCAUCCCUGGUUCAAUCCUGAAUUCAGGUGACUGUCUGUGCGGAGUUAUUCAUUCAUACUCUCCCUGUGCACAUGUAGGUUUCCACCAGAUUCUCUGGUUUCCCUAAAAACCAUGCUGGUUGGUGGAUUGGCCAAGAUAAAUUGCCCCGAGCUGUGAAUGAGUGAGUCCAUCCAUGCCAGUCCGUCUACCUGUGAUUGACCGGCGUCCCAUCAAGAUUAUAUUUCCACCUAACAACCAGUCUUCUUGGUAUAGGCUCCGGAUCCACCCUAACUCUGACCACAUUAAAGCAAUUACUCAAGAAGAAUGAAUGAAUGGGCGGCACGGUGGUGUAGUGGUUAGCGCUGUUGCCUCACAGCAAGAAGGUCCGGGUUCGAGCCCCGUGGCCGGUGAGGGCCUUUCUGUGCGGAGUUUGCAUGUUCUCCCCGUGUCCGCGUGGGUUUCCUCCGGGUGCUCCGGUUUCCCCCACAGUCCAAAAACAUGCAGGUUAGGUUAACUGGUGACUCUAAAUUGACUCUAAUUUUUUUUUUUUUUUAGAACAAGAGAAUUUCAUUCAUUCAUCUCAUCUCAUUAUCUCUAGCCGCUUUAUCCUGUUCUACUUGCCUGCGACCCUGUAGAACAGGAUAAAGCGGCUAGAGAUGAUGAGAUGAAUGAAUGAAUGAAUGAAAUUCUCUUGUUCUAAAAAUAAAAAUAUUGUAAUCCAGACUUGUGGUUAGCUCCUUGAUGCUUUAAUUUGAUGAAGCAGCGAUCAGACCACACGAGACUAAGACUUCAUGGAAAAGGUAGUUCACUGAAGGGGAAAGGACGCUGUAUAUGAGACUCCUUUGCUUUCACGCACCGUCACCGAAAGAUGUGAGUGUGAAUGGUUGUCUGUGUCUAUGUGUCAGCCCUGUGAUGACCUGGCGACUUGUCCAGGGUGUACCCCGCCUUUCGCCCGUAGUCAGCUGGGAUAGGCUCCAGCUCGCCUGCGACCCUGUAGAACAGGAUAAAGCGGCUAGAGAUGAUGAGAUGAAUGAAUGAAUGAAUGAAAUUCUCUUGUUCUAAAAAAAAAAAUUAUUGUAAUCCAGACUUGUGGUUAGCUUCAGGUGGAUUCAGACAUAGUGCAGAAAUCAUCUUAAGGAAAGAAAGACGGUGUAUGUAUGGUGAUGUGAUGUGAAUAUUUGGGUGCCAUAAUUUAUAGUCACCACAGUGCUUUCAUUACAAUCCUUGACGCUUCGAACAGACAACCAGCAACAUCGCUGUGGCAAAAUGCAUCUAUUUAAUUACCUCGCAGCUUUUGAAUCUAAGAUCAAGAUUCAAGAAAUAUGCACAUGUCUAGGGAAAAAAAAAAAUUGGACACGUCUGUGCCAUCUGCAGUCAUAAUCAGGAGCGUAUAGUAAGAGGAGUUGAUUAUACAGAAACAAUUUUAGCUGUAGCAUUUACGAUUUCUGAUCCCUUGCUAUGGAAAGGCAAUGUUGUGGUUUUUGUUUGUUUGUUUGUUUUUAAUUUGAUGAAGCAGCGAUCAGACCACACGAGACUAAGACUUCAUGGAAAAGGUAGUUCACUGAAGGGGAAAGGACGCUGUAUAUGAGACUCCUUUGCUUUCACGCAGACUUUAUCAUGAUGAACUCUGACCUGUGAAUUUCUGAACCUCCGGAUGUUUUGAAGCAGUAAAUAAACAGGACGGGGCUGUCAUCUCUUUCUGGUAAAAGUUUAUGGUAGAAUGUGCCGUUCAGUACAGUUUUACAAUAUUACUUACCCAUGUUAGGGUUUUUGUGGUAAAAUGAUUUUUUUUUUUUAAUGUCUUGUUAGCAUGUUGCCGCUUCUGGAUUAUGUAGAUUAAAAAUCAGCUCCUGUGGUACGUACAGUCCUACUACAUCAAUUCAUAAUGCUAACAAUCAUAGAAAAAAAAGGCAUAUCUAUUGCUGAUGUAGGACUUUUCUAAAUUAUUUGUGAUGUGAAGAAUAUUUUACUGUGUCCGAAUGAAUCAUGUUCAUUAAUGAAGUCCUAUAAAUUGCAUUGCUAUAGCUUAUACAUAGCUUAUAGUAGGUACAGAGUAGUAUAUUUAUAGAGCACAAACGGUACCCACGUCUGCACUAUUAUUACCAUGUACAAACUUCAAAUACAAAGUGAUUUUCAAGAUAAAAAUACACAAGACACUGCAUGUGUGAUCAUGACAUGCCAAGAGACAUUUUGUAAAUACUUCUGACUUUAUUCAUAACUUUUAACGUAUUGUACGAUUUUACACACCACUUCAAUAAUGUGCCUGUCCUCUCUUCUCUCUCAAUCAAGGCUGUAGCCUUUUCUGAUGACUUAUAAAGCACAGGAGUCUGUGUGAAAAUUUUUAAGUGCUGUGGUUGUUUAAAAGGAAUUUGUGCAAGAAUAUAAAACUAAUAAAAAAAAAAAAAAAAAAGGAUCCUGACUUUGUAAGAGGUCCCGCAGCAUACAGUGUGAUCGUGAGUGAGUCCUGUUUGGUGAAAAUGUUGGUACAUUUUCUUGGUACAAGCUCUGUAUUGUGAAGGUACAUCCAUUCUUUGAUAUCAUGGUAUAAUAUUGUUAUCACUUGCAUCAUAGUGAAUUGAGUGCAUUUUAUUUUUAUUUUUUUUGUAAAUACAUAUCGCUGCAUUUGUUUUGUAUCAUCUUUUUAAAGUGUCAUUUGCCAAUUAAAUAAUUCAGUCAUGCUGGACUCGUCAAA